GUGGGCGCGCUCUUGAGGAACGGGAAGAUCGUAGAGAAAAUUUUCUGCUGAUCCACACUCGCGAAUCAAACUUCGACCAGACACAUCCUCUUGGUGUGAAGCUGCCCGUGUGAACCGACCCGUGCGUGUGUGAAGUGUGUAGAGAAAGACCGUCAGCAGCUCAAACUUCCGAUCCAUCCUCAAAACAAUCCUAAUAAUUAUAAACAACCAAAAUGUUUUCCGCACUGUUGGACGUCGCUCGGAAUUCCCCCUUCAAGACCCCUUUUACCAAAGCCCAGUGCGAUGCGUCCACCUCUGACUCAAAACCAUUGGUAGCUGGACGUACGUUGGCAGCUGCAGCUUCCGAUGAGGUCGAGUUUGGUUCGACACAGUUCUACGUGUUGUGUGGCCUCGGUGGUAUCAUCUCGUGCGGUUCGACCCAUACAUUCGUGGUGCCGCUGGAUCUUGUCAAGUGUCGCCUGCAGGUAGAUCAAGCCAAGUACAGGAAUUUGUUCCACGGAUUCAAGGUAUCCAUCGCGGAAGAGGGUGCCAAGGGCUUAGUCAAAGGAUGGGCACCCACUUUCUUCGGCUAUUCGGCACAGGGUGCCUUCAAAUUCGGUCUCUAUGAAGUGUUCAAGGUUCAGUACGCAAACGCACUGGGUGAAGAGAAUGCCUACCUGUACCGCACAUGGUUGUAUCUGGCCGCGUCGGCUUCGGCAGAAUUCUUCGCCGACAUCGCCCUGUCACCAAUGGAAGCUGCCAAGGUCAAGAUCCAGACGACUCCAGGGUUUGCCAACACACUGCGCGAGGCUAUGCCGAAACUGAUGGGCGAGGAGGGUAUCGUUGGAUUCUACAAAGGCCUCGUGCCCUUGUGGUGCCGUCAGAUCCCGUACACCAUGAUGAAGUUUGCCUGCUUUGAGAAGACCGUUGAGCUGCUGUACAAACACGUUGUGCCAAAGCCACGCGAUCAGUGCAGCAAGGGUGAACAGUUGGUCGUUACGUUUGCCGCCGGCUACAUUGCCGGAGUAUUCUGCGCUAUAGUUUCCCACCCAGCUGAUGUGGUUGUCUCGAAACUGAAUCAAGCCAAGGGAUCCACCGCUUUUGAUGUGGCCAAACAACUUGGCUUCAUGGGCAUGUGGAAUGGUCUGAUGCCACGUAUCAUCAUGAUUGGUACGCUGACCGCUCUCCAGUGGUUCAUCUACGAUGGCGUGAAAGUCGCUCUGUCCAUCCCCCGUCCACCACCCCCAGAGAUGCCAGAAUCGUUGAAGAAGAAGAUGGGAGUUCAAUAAAUCGUAGUUUCGCCUUUCUAAUACUUUCUACACAUUAUAUCGUUCAACUAUUCUUAUCACGCUACAGUUUAUUUGUAAGUGGAACAAAACUUUCGGAAAAAUAUUGAAAUGCAACAUUGUCUCAAAACUAACCUGAAAACGGAGAUUGGAAUUGGAUGAGUUAAUAAACGCUGUAAGCGUUGCCGGGUUUACGAUCCAGUAUUGAAAGACAACCAAAGAUGGCAUCAUAUAAGCCCAAUCAACCGAUGAAAUGGCAGCAUAAACUUCCGAGAUGAUAUGGGACUGUUUGCUUAGCAUAGUUCAUAUCAUCUACAAUGGGUAGCCCACAGUGAAUUAUUAAAUGUUCUUUAUAAAAGGACACGAUGAAGAA